CAUUUGUGGCAACAAGAAGAACGAGGCUGUUGCUCUAAAGCUAACAAGUCUAAUUUCUUGACAUUCUUAACAACUACUUGUUAAAGUCCCUGAAAGCAGCACGAAGGUGUGGAGAAUCUGAUCUGAUGGCUACUGCUACUGCUACUCUCACGAACCCCACAAUGGCAGAGAGUCUAAAAUCAACAAUUAAGCAGGCUUUCCAACAAUGCGACGGAGAAAGAGGUCCAGCUUAUCUGGAAGCAGUGUCAAAGAUUGUGUCUAAAUAUAGAUACACAGAAGUCGAUCUGGAUUGUCUUGUUGGGGCCAAACUGACCUUUGGACCAGUGGAGGACACAGAGUACAAGGACAGGCCUGCAGUGGUGGACGCAUGGGAAAUGUUUUAUCUUCCCAAAACAACAGAGAUGGAGGUUAUCGGCUAUGUGGAGGGAACUCCGUACCCAUGUGACCAGCUUGUCCUGAUGAUCUGUGGGGACCACAAGGUGUACGGCUUUGACGGAGACGAGCUGCAUCUGGUGGCUUCAUCCCCGAUUCAGGUGUUAGAUACUGGAAUAGCCGAUCCUGCAUUACAGAGUUAUUACCAUGGGGAGACCUUCGAAGACAUGACCACAGAGGACUGGGAGAAGGUGGAGCUGAGCCCUGAGGGGAAGAGGCUGGAAGAGGAGCAUCGUAAACUGGUGGCUUCUCACAAAUCCACUCUCCUGAAGAAUCUCAAAAUCAUCCAAGAAAGACAGAGUUUGGCGUGUAUUUAAGGUGUCAUCAGCAGAAUGGCAACAUCCUCCCCAAAAGCAACAUGACUCAGUCACAGAAAGGUGGAACGUGACAUUUAGUCAUUCAUAAAGCUCAAGGUUAUAAAAAACAACUAAGCAUUUGAAGUAAUUUUGUUCCUGUAUGGAUGUUUUACAUGAUUUUGAGAAUUAUGGCUUGUGUUAUUAAAUAGUUUAAAGUUUUAAUUAAAUAUUAAAGUUUUUGUCAUUCAUGCAAUGACAAAAAUUGUUCCUACUCUAUGGAACGAUCUACGUUUCCAAAUUAGAUCUGCCCACAACUUGGAUAAUUUUAAAUCGCUUCUAAAAACUCAUUUUUAUUCUUUUGCAUUUAUUUGAAGUAUUGUUUUGAUCAAUUUGUGUUGUUCUUGUAGAGCUUUUCAGUGCAGUUUUACACAUGUUUUUAAUGUGCUACAUAAAUAAAUUUGACAUUGCAGCUCAAAGUUUCAAGAAACUAACCAUUUUCAGUAAUUUUGUUCCUCUGGAUGUUUUACAUAAUUUUGAGAAUUAUGGAUUGUGUUAUUAAAUAAUAAAUGACAUAAACUUU